GUAUCCUUUGCUACUGAACAGAUUCGUCGCGAUACAAACUAGCUACACACAGACAUUAAAGUCACGAAAAAAUGCUCCUUAACGGGAUGAAAAUAGUGAAAAAAACAUCAAGAAGUGAGGAAAAACUUUGCACAACUGUGCCCAAACUUUAAUAGUCUUCAGCCCAUAUCACUUCCACCAGUUUCGAGUGUGUUAGCAUUGUUUUAUCCCUCCACUAUUGCCAUUGGACGCGUUUUUUUCUCCUGGAGCAGUCCAGUCUGAUGAAUUCACCGAAAAAAGACGGAGAUGAUGAUGUGCCCGUUAAAGACCCGGUAAAAUACGGCGAAUUGGUCAUUCUUGGGUACAAUGGCUCACUUCCAAGUGGAGACCGUGGGCGCAGAAAGAGCCGCUUUGCUCUGUACCGCAGAGCCAAGGCCAAUGGCGUCAAACCCAGCGCUGUGCACAUCCUCAACACCCCACAGGACAGCAAGGCUGUGCACAGCAGGGGGCAGCACAGCAUCUCUUUUACUUUGUCCAGGAAUCAGACGGUGGUGGUGGAAUACUGCCAUGACAACAACACAGAUAUGUUUCAGAUCGGACGGUCCACAGAAAGCCCCAUUGACUUUGUGGUGACAGAUACCUCUGGAGGAGGAAAGGAGGGGGAGGACCCUUCCAUUGCUCCCAGCACCAUCUCACGCUUUGCCUGCAGAGUGGUUUGUGAACGCAACCCUCCCUACACCGCACGCAUCUACGCUGCAGGCUUUGACUCCUCCAAAAAUAUCUUCUUAGGGGAAAAAGCUACCAAAUGGAAAAACCCGGACGGCCACAUGGAUGGUCUGACUACCAAUGGGGUGCUGGUGAUGCAUCCAGAGGGGUUCCCAGAGGACCCUAAGCAGGGGUUGUGGAGGGAGAUCUCAGUCUGUGGAGACGUCUAUGCUCUGCGGGAGACUCGCUCUGGUCCCAGUCGGGGCAAACUAGCUGAGGGUGAGAGCAGUGCACUACGUGACGGCUCCUUGGUCGAUCUGUGCGGGGCCACCCUGCUGUGGCGCACAGGCGAGGGUCUCCUGCGUGCGCCCACCUUACGUCACUUGGAAGCACUUCGCCAGGAGCUUAAUGCGUCCCGGCCCCAGUGCCCCGUAGGCCUCAGCACACUGGCCUUCCCCAGUCUCCCACGCAGCCACAGCCUUGAAGAACGUCAGCCCUGGGUCUACCUCGCCUGCGGCCAUGUUCACGGACGCCACGACUGGGGUCAGAGGUCCGAGGGUGAGCAGGACCGAGGAGAGGGCGACGGCUCCACAGCCCGUCGAGAAUGUCCCCUGUGCAGGAGCGUGGGUCCCUAUGUGCCCCUGUGGCUGGGCUGCGAGCCAGCGGUCUAUGUGGACGCCGGAGCUCCCACUCACGGUUUUGUGCCAUGUGGCCAUGUCUGCUCAGAGAGGACAGCCAAGUACUGGGCUGAGACCCCCCUCCCCCACGGGACACACGCCUUCAGACCUGUGUGCCCCUUCUGCUCCACUGCCCUCAGCACCCCCGGCUGCACACGGCUCAUCUUCCAGGGCCCCAUUGACUAGUAGCCACGCUACAGCAACCACACUCACAGUAACAGACACCUGAGCUUCAUUCACGUUGCAAACGUUGUUGUGUUAAAUAUUUAAAGGUAAUUAACGAGGUUAUUUUCACGUUCUAAAGGUAUGUGAGUUUGUCACACACAGACCACAAUCUGAGAGUAGAAUAAGCUUCGUCCAACGUUGUGUUUCUGAAUGGAGCUGGGGAUUAAAUAUUCCUUCCCUUGUUUUUUCUUCAGUGUUUGUUGAUUGGUUUAAAAUGUGACAAAGAGGUGAACAACAUAGUAUUGAAAUGUGCAGAAUUUCUUAACUUAAGUGAUGGGCAGUUGUUAAAGAGUCUGCUUUUUUUCAUUUCAACCACCCAGUUCAUUAAAAUGAUGAACCAACAUACAACAACAGAAAAGUUGUACAUCCACAGGAAUUUUAAUAAUCGUUCUCAAACAAUAAUUCCAUACCUAUUUUUAGAAAGACCCAGGCCUUAACACAUUUAUCCAUUUGAGAAUCAUGUACUGUUUAGGACAGUAUGGCCAUUAAUGAACGGUGUUGCACAGUAAUAGUAAUGCAUUUAAUUUCUGACAGUGUCUACGCUCUGCUACAGCCGCUGCUGUAAAAUGCUGCACCUGAAUGAUUUCGUCCCUUAAUUAGACGCAACAGCACUUUCUCCUGUAUUUUACAUACUUUCUUUUAUCCUCUUUCUAAUAUGUAAAUAACCUGAUUUAUAUUCGUACUGUAUUCUCACGGUGGGCAGUAUUAUAUUCUUAUGCUAGGUGUGGGGGUAUUUUUUUGAUCAGAGGUUUAUGCUUCCAUGUGACAUCAGGAUGCUUUAGAGUAUAUGCAGAUUUUUGGUUUUGUUUUUGUGUGUGAAAUCUAUGCACAGAGCACCCAUAAAUGAGACCAUGUGUGUCUUACGAAAUUGGCAUGAAAUCCUGCAGACUCUUAAUCAGCACUGCAAUACAAUCGACAAAAAGAACAGACCACAGGGAGUUCACCUUCCCCAGUCAGAUCUUAUCCCAAUCAGCAAACCGGUGGAAUGUAAACAAUGGCUUGGAAUUAAAACUGGGUAACAUCCACUUCAUAACUCUCUAAAGCAAUAAAAGCACUCUCUUAUAUAAGCUACAUGUUGUGCUAUGUUUAGCCAAGCAUAGGUCAGCAGUCAUGUCAGACAUGGCUGAAGGGGUUUCAGGUUAAGGGCUCAACCAGAGGCGUGUUCAACGUUGGAAAAAUAAUCCAAGUGUGUGUGAUUGUAACCAAAGCACUCAGAGUUAAAGAUGAACAAAUGAAACCAUGACUGAGUAUCUACUAUCUUUCAUUUCCAAUGGAUUCAGGAGCCUAAUCAAAGAAAUCGGUGUAUUUAGGCACAAGUAGUAGUUGUUAAAGGCUGUAUUUGUGUUGAUUUGAACACACUUCUGGUUACUGAACUAAACAGGGUCUGUGUAAGUACGAUGGAGUGUCAAAAGAUUUGACCUUGCAUAACCUCAAAAGAUAACCUUGCUUUUUUUUUUUUUUUUUUUUUUUUUUUUUUUCGUUUCAGAGAUAACUAUUUUGUUAGGAAAUGGGGAGGGGUUUAUUUGGGAGGGGUGUGGGAGGAAUUAUUUUAGAUGUUCAGUGUUAAAAAAAAAAAUACAACUAUUUUUCUAACUGAUAAUUGGUUUUAGUUAACUGUUGUUACUCAGUGUGAGCAAGUUCUGUAUGUUUCAGAUUAUUAUCGUGUGGUAGAUGUAGGAGAGCUUGUGAGUGAGAAAACGUUGCCAACACUGUGUCCGACACACACUUAACACACUGCUACCGUAAACAUUGCCCAGACAAUGAAUGUAGCCAAAUACUCAGGCUAUAUUUAGCCUUCCCUGGUGCUCAUAUUGAAUGGUCUAUAUUGUGAUACUAUUUUUGUAACUGAAUAUUAUGGUGUAGCUUGGUGACGAUCUAGCUUGAAAAGUCCAAUAAUUUUAAUAAUAGCCUCAAGUAUGGAAGACGCGUAAUUGAUAAUACACACUCACCUGAAAUUGUGUCUAGCUUGCAUGUGCUGAAACGUACACGAACAGUAUGUACACUACACACUCUGAAACUUUGCACGGUGGAUUGCCAACUCAUGCUGAGAGCACUUGCCGCUGUGCGAGAGGCGGCAGACUCAAGAUGUCUUCCGAGUCUUCAGCUGUUCAAAUUGCAGCAUGUCUGUUUUUUUUUUUUUUGUUAUUAUUAUUUAUAUUUUGUUUUGGAAGACCUCUGUUUAAAAAAGAAACAAAAAAAAGGAAAAAAAUCCUCAUACUUGAUAGAUGCGUGAUGUUUUGUGAAUGAGAACGACCAUAUCCCCACUUUGUGCUACUAUGCUAAUAUUUUCCACCAAAAGUUACUGCAGAAAGAUGUCCGCAUCAACACCUGUUUGCAUCUUGUAUUUAGACCAACAACAACAAAAAAAAAACAAAAAAACAAAACGUAUCUACUAAAAAUUAGCCUGCUGUUUUAGAUAAAAAUACGGAAAAUUCAAGUCUACACAAUGGAAUGAAGUCUAAAUACAAGAUCUAAUCUCCCUAACAUGGUGGAUGUUUGUAAUGUUUCUAAUUACUGUAGCUCAGGAUUAGUGUGUCACAGUGAUUUCAGAUAUUGGAAUAAAGAUAGACAGCUUUUGUUGUGUAUUCAAAGGUUUUAGAGCGGCAAAACAUAAACAUUACAUGUGGGAGUUGUCGUGUAAUGUAAUGUCCGAGUUGCUUACAGUAGAGUACGUGGCCACAGGUCCAGGAUCAGUCACAUACGGGUCUUAUUGAAAGGGGGUUUAUUGAAUCCACAAACAGGCGAUAAAAACAUCUGUAUCCGCUGCCCUUUACUAAGCACGCCAAAUCCACUGAGUUCUGCUUCUGAAGAUAAUGUAUACAAUUGAUGUAACACCAUUGGCAUGUGGAUGGAGGAACCGUUGCGGCACCCUUUUGGAUGUUUUAGUUCGUGACCUGUUCGUUUUAGUUCAUUUACUUUUUUAACCUUUUGUUUUAUUCGUCAUUUCAGCCCCUCUGCGGGUUACAGAUGUCCAUAUGCAAUUUCCUUUUUCAUGUUUUUUUAGACUCUUAGUACUGGUGAAACGUUCAGAUAAAGUAUAUUUUAACAUGACAUCAGGUUCUUCACUAUUAACAGCAUUAACUCCUCUCUGACUACUGUUGAUUUAUGUGUAUCAGUUGAUCUUCAUUCCAGGUGACAAAACCUCAACACCCUCAACUUCUGAGCUCAUCUCAUCGGUGAGUGAGUAGCUGGCACGUAUUCAACAGCAGAAAACCUCACAGUAACAAUGCAUUCCUUUAAAUACAUUUGUGUUAUUAUGUACAGUAACUAUUUUGUAUUAUUUUAUAUCAUAUUCUUCUGUAAUCGUCCGGUGCACAGACAAUCGCUAUACACAUGUCAAUAAACCUGUUUAAAAGUUGA